AUGGCGCCUCAUCAUAGGAAGAAGAAACAUAAAAAACAAAACCUACCAUCCGGGAUUUCCAAAGAAAAUGACAACUCAUCUACUGAACAGGGUCAUUUAGUUCAUAUUCAAUUAGAAGCCAGCGCUCCUUACUCUGUAAAACGUACCGAGGAGAUUGGAAGAUAUCUCGUGGCUUCACGAGACCUCAAAGCGGGCGAUGUCAUCAUCGAAACAUUACCACUAAUUUUGGGUCCAUGUGCAGAAACGGAACCAGUAUGCUUGGCAUGCCAUAGCACCUUCACACCCGACAGUGUUAUUCACAGAUGUGAAAGAUGUAACUGGCGAAUAUGUUCUCCAAACUGCCAGGGUCUCCUCGCACCAAGUGCUCACUAUCAGCUCGAAUGCAUUCCACUGCGGGAUAAGGCUGUUUACAAGUUGCUCGAAACGUCCACUUCUGCCCAGGUGAAGUUGAUGUACGAAGCCAUACUUACUUUACGCUGUAUGCUACUGAAAACCGUAGAUUUCGCGAGUUACGACCGGUUACUAGAUAUGGAGCCUUUGAAUGACGUUCGCCAACAGAUUCCUAAACUAUGGAAUCGUAACCAUAAAGAGAUUGUACAACGAAUUCGGAACGAUUGGGGGUUUGCAGCGGAAUUUACCGAACAGGAACUACACACCAUCUGCGGUAUCAUUGAGGUCAAUGCGUUUGAGGUGGGACAAGAACCCAUCAAAGCCCGUGCGCUUUUCCCAGAAGCGUAUCUUCUCAUGCAUGACUGUACACCCAACACAGGCCACACGGAUGCACUCCGAACACAUUAUCUAACCGUAAGGGUACUGCGAGAUGUUAAGACAGGUGAAUCGCUUACACUUACCUACGCACACAUUCUUCAAGGUACGUUAAAACGACGCCAUCAUUUAAAAGAAGAAAAAUUCUUCGAUUGUAACUGCCGCCGCUGUUCCGAUCCUACCGAACUCGGUACGUACUGUAGUGCAUUACGGUGUACCAAGUGUCAAAGAGGGCUAAUCCUACCAGUGAACCCACUCGAGCAGAAAUCAGAAUGGCGUUGUCAGCAAUGCCCCACAGCAAUGUCAUGUGAUUCGGUCAUAUUGCUAAUAGAAAAACUAUCCCAACAGCUCGAAUGCAUAGGUGGUAACGAUGUGAACGGAUUGGAAUCAUUUCUUCGCCUUCAGAACACUGUCCUACACGAUAACCACUAUCUGCUACUGUCGGUUAAACAUUCUCUGUGUGAGUUGUAUGGAAAGAUCGAGAGAUAUCUUAUACCGCAGCUGAAUCCGGACCAGUUAAAACACAAAGAAACGCUCUGUCGCGAUCUGCUAGAAGUAGUUGAUCUGCUGGAGCCGGGAUUAAGUAGACUACGGGGUACCAUAAUGUACGAGAUGCAUGUCCCAUUGUUGAUAGAGGCGGGUCAACUGUUUCAGAGUGGUGUAAUUCAACCAAACGAGUUACGUCGUCGACUAAAGGAGGUGCAACGCCUUUUGAAAGAGAGUGAAAGGAUUUUGUCGGUCGAGCCUGAAGGAUCACCCGAGCAUAGCAUAGCAGAGGCAGCUAGGGAUGCUCUUGAGAAUAUGGGAUCUGUAUGA